GUGUGUGUGUGUGUUUGAGUGUGUGCAUAUAGGAAAUAAGCUGCUCCGCCACUGCGCAACGAUGGAGCUAUCGCAACGAUGGAGAUGACGCAAACAGACCCAGCUCUCCAAAAAAGUGUUUCAAGACGAACAUGGCGGCAACUUAACCGCGGUCCAAGAUGACAAUGGCCACCGGGAUACAGGAUUCCAGGCUUUCCGCCCAGGUACGGGACAGAGACAGCAGCCUGCGUGCAUCGAAGGGGCUCGUCGCUCUUUCCUUUAAGUGAAUCUGCGAAGCGAGCGGCGGCGGCGGACGCGCAGCAUCAGUAGCUCUACACACCGAGAGGCUCGCAACAGCUGGUCCUGCCUGCAUCCCCGACGAGAGAGAAACAUACCCGGAGAGGGACGGUAGGGAGAGAGGGGGGCAUGCGGUCAAAGAGGACGCCGUUUCCCCCCGGAGAGCCAUGGAGAACCGGGAUGCGGCAGCGCGAAGCUUAAUCUGUGCGGGCGCGCUAAUUGGAUCGGAAUAGCACCGAUUGCUGCGGGCGCGAUAGAGGAGCGCCCUGGACCGGCGGAGGCACGGCACCCCACCGCUACAGGAGGAGAACCAACCGGACUCCAUCUCCCCCCCAAGUCAAUGAAUAUUGUGGCAGAGCAGCCCCCGCGGUGGAGUCGGCCAGGGCAGCACUUUUCUAAAAUAUGACCAGGGGUGCUUGGAUGCGUCGGCAGCAUGAUGAAGGCUUAAAAUACUGGUUUGCACCCCGAGAGAACGAGAAGCCGUUCACCGAGUCGGAGCGGGCCCAGAGAUGGCGACUGUCGCUGGCCUCUCUGCUGUUUAUCACGGUCCUGCUCUCUGAUCACUUGUGGUUCUGCGCCGAGGCGAAACUGACGCGGACCCGAGACAAGCGGUGGGACGCGGGGCUCGCAAUUACGGACACGAUGGGCGAGCACCCGAACUCCCCCCACCGCCACCACGUCCCAACAUCACCCGACCCCCGCCGUCUCGCCAGAGAGCAAGAUGUUAUUUUUCUAGGGAAUUCUACCAAAUCUCUGUGGCGAAUGGACGCCUGUCACCCCGACAGCCUGUCCAAAGACUGCUUCACUUUCACGGACGCGGAGACCGUGUGCCUGGGCCUCUCCGGUGGAGGGGGCAAGGGGACGCAGCUGGCGUACGUGAAUCUGAGCGAUUUGUACCUUUCUUUUUGUAAUUCCUACUCACUUUUGGAUUUGUUUUACGGGUUUACGAGUCCGGUCGUUUUGAAUUGCACCCUGGAUAUGGCCAUGGGGGUGGAUCUGCUGGGAUGCAGCGAGUGCGUCCGGGCUUAUCAGCGUCUUGACCUGGAGGCGGAGGAGAAGUACCAGGAGUUUGAGCUGCUGGUUCAAAAAUACGAGACGGAUGCGUACUCGGUCAGGACGUGCAUGGAGGAAUGCAAGAUGGUGUAUAAGCCCUGGCUGUGUUCUCAGUACUUCCAGACCACCCAGAUGCACUGCAGCAAGCGAAUCCCCUGUGGUCAGUACUGCCUGGAGGUGCAGCAGCGGUGCCCCUUCGUCCUGCCCGACAAUGAUGAUCUCAUUCACGGAGGCAGCCCCAGUUUUAUAUGCACAGGGCUGUUGGAGGACUAUCCGUCAGGUGUGGACCCAGAUGCAGAGUGCUGCGAUGUGCGGUGGGACUUGAAAGUGGACAACCGAACCCGGGGGACCCUGAAAAGAACUCACCCGCCAUGCCAGCACCGUACCUCCCUCAGCUCCUCAGCAGCCUGCAGACUGUGUAACAGCCGGCUCAAACUCUGCCUGCUGGUCCUCGUACUCCUACACACUGUUGCCAGCCUCACUGCAUCCCACAAUGCAACAGGACUGGGCCUCCCUGCCAUCACGCCUCUGGAGGAGAGCCCUGCCAAUGAGGAGUGAUGGAGCUGCCAGGAGGAGGUGAGGUUGCCGGGGCUGGGGGAUUCCCUCACCAUGGCAACCGGAGGAUGUGGAAAAGUACAGCCACGGGAGCUGUGUGCCUGUGGACGCUCUGCAGCGCUUUGAGACGAGAGACACACACAAAUCAAUCAAAACGAAUAAAUAAGUAAACAAACAGACAAACAAAGGGAGUCAACCAGUCCCUUUGCUAGGGAAAGGGGACAAUGCCACAGCCUUUGUUGAGAGGGAAGGUCGGCUUCCUCACGGCUGAGUUUCUCUUACUACGCUUUUUUACACUGUGUUCCAAUUCUUGGUUUCUGUUGCACUGGCUGACUAUGGAAUAACACAAUCAUAUUCUCUUUCUAAUGUUCAUCCUUUCUGUUUGUUUCCGAGUCUCUCAUACAGGAAGAAAAUGUGUUCUCUGAAUAAUAAUGUGUAAAAAAAAAAAAAUCAUUAGCUGCAACUGUGUGUGUGUGUGUGUGAGAGAGAGAGAGAGAGAGAGAGAAAGGGUUUGUGCUUCAAGACUGCGAGUAUGUGUGGGCGUGUGUGAGCCUGUAUGCAUGUCUUUACACAUGUAUGUAUGUGUGUGUGUAUGAGACAGAGAAUGAGUGUGUGUUGCUGACAACUACCCUAAACGUCUACCUAACAGACUGGUGCAGCGAUGAGGUCUUUAUGGAGCCCCCCCCGUCCCCGUCCCUCCUCUCCAGGUGCUGUGCUGGUUUGUUGGCCACAAUCCCAUUAGAAUCUGAGCUGGGUUUUGAAUGUGGUUCUGGUGUCCAUGGUGAAAGCUCUGAUGUGUUUAACACAGGUUUAUGGUUUUCCCCUCAGUUUGUUUUGUGAGAUAAUAUUCACCCAUUGACACCGGAAUCAAACCAUUGCUGUAAUUAGCAUCAGUAAAAUGCAAACACCUGGCUAAACUGUGAAACACUGCAGGAAACAGACAGGAUGCGUUUCUACGAUAUCACCAGGAAUCUCAAUAUCAAAGGAAAACUAACCGUGUUUACUGAUUUCUUUGACAAUUAUUAAUUAUCUCUGAAAAUGUAUACAAACCCCAGGACAGCAUAACCUAUUUGGAGGAUAAAAUAAGGUUGAGUACAUCCACACAUUUGCAAUUAUAUGCAAUUAGGGACAUUUUGGGUGCACGCAAUUUUAGUUUUUAUACCCGGUAAAUUAUUAUAAAUUAAUAAUUUAUUUAUUGAAUAAGUUUCCCUUUGCCCAUUCAGACUACUGAGUAAAAUGUCAUAACAAUAGAACUGAAGCACAAUUCUCCGCCAAGGCCCAACAGUCCCCUUGAAUUCAAUCAAGCAGCACCAAAUUGUACAUUGAUAUCAGUUCCCUAGAUAAGCCAGAUUUCUUUUUUCAUCAAAUUCCAUGAAUUAUUACCUGGAAAUUCUGGCUUAUUGUUCCGAUCCGUGCCAAAAUCUAAUGGGUUCUUUCUUGGCCCCUGUCUCGCCCUUCUAACAAGUUAUGUGGAAAUCUCUUUGGUAGCUUUUGCAUAAUCCUGCUCACUAACACACAAAAACUCAAAUGGACCAGGGCAAAAACAUAAGCUUCUUGGCGGAGGUAGUUAACAACCAAAUCUCGGAUCCUUUCAGCUUUAGGUGAACAGUAUAUCAGGGCUUGAUGAUCAUAAAUUAAAAGUAAAGCUUUAAAACAUUUAAAAUAAUUUUGACUUCCAUCUGGAACAUUGAGACAGGUACACGCCGCUUAGAUGCCAAAGCA